CUGGGGAGAAAGCAGGGACUGCGAGCCCCGCGGAUGCGGCAGCGCGGAGGGCGGCUGGGGAGACGCUACUCCAACUGUUGAAUUUUCACCUUUCAUUUCCACCGAUGCUUUGCUUGCGGAGAUGGAUAUAUUUGCUUUGAAAUCCGCACGUCUUUCGCAGGCUGUGAGCUGAUCGUGACAGGCACCAGACUGAGAGACCACCCGUGACAAAAAAGGAGGACCCCCCCCCCAAAAAAAAACCAAAAAAGCAAAAACCUCCACAACGGACUGCACAAUUAACUACGCACACCGGUGUUGGACUUUGUGAAUAGAGAACAUUGAGAGGAAAAUCGUGAAAUAUGAUGCGGGGCUAAUCUGUGAACAGUCACUGUAAUCCAGAUUUGUUUUUUUUUUUUCCCCCAAGACUCUGAAAGAUUUGGGGGUUCCUUACGCCUAACAAAAAGGGAAGGUUUUUUGUCGUUGUUUCGUUUUGUUUUUGUUUUUAAAUAAAUACACCUUGCAAAACAGACGCCUUGCUAUCCAGAGCCUCGGACUCCGGCAGAAAGAGGUAGAGUAAAAGUGCUGCUGGAUUCAGCUUCACCUCCUUCCUUCCCUCCCUCCCUUUCUCUCGCUUUUUCUUUUUCUCCAAAACAUGAAUCUGGCUUUUCUUUCUGUAGAGUGAGUCAGAGAAAGCGUUAGGAAAAAGCCACAACUAAUGUCUGUGAAGGGAGGACGAUGAGGCGAGAGUGAAUACGAUUCGUUCCGCUACUUCUGACUCAUCCGGCAGAUCGGAACACCUGCAUUUCUGGAUGUGUCAUUCCCGUUUGUCGAGGCGCCUCGACAACCCGAAAUAGUGUGUAGACAGACCCGUGCCUAGUAUCCCCUGGGCGGUAGCUACCCGGGAAGGGCUCCCCUGGCUGGACCGCCGCGGCCGCAGCUCCUCGCCCGCUGCCCUCGCUAGUCGCCCAGAGAGACUGCGAGAGCGAGACUGCAGAAUGCAUCACGCCAAACCUUGAUGCGUUCCUUUCAUCCAGCCCACUCCUCCUACUAUAGAAAAAAUUGAAGAAAGAAAGAAAAAAAAAAGCCCGCACUUUAUUCGCUUCAAAUAUUCACCACUUUUAUUCCUCUCCAAGGUUUUCUUUUCUAGAUGAAGAGACCUGGGAGGCAGGGCCAUUGGAAGGAGAUGCUGAAUAGAAAGAAAAGAGAGGCACUUGACAGCCCAGCCCUGUGAAUGCAGAGACUGUUUUCCUUCUAGCGAGAGACAGGGAGAGUGUGUGUGCGAGGACUGGGAGGGUGGCUCCCCCUUCUUUUUUAUUCCGCCUCUCCCUUCCCCUUCAAAUCUGCACAUCCAACCAUGAGUUGCCUGUUGAUUUCCUUUCGCCUGGGAAGAAAAGCAAACUGGAAUUAAACUGCAUCGAGAGAAGUCCUUGCUUGUGGGGAGAGAAUGGGAUGGUAGCGGCGGCUACUGGCUCAGCGUAGAGAAAUUACAGAGUGUGUUCUACCAACAGAGGCGGAGAUACAUCUAUACAUUUUUUCCCCUCCCAGUAGACUCAAACCUCAAAUGCUGAUCAGGCUGUGGCUUUCUUGACUUGGGGAAGAGCCUUUUCCGAGGAAGAGAGGGAGGAGCCUCGUGGAGGGAGGAAACUACAAAUCGGGACACUAGUUCUUUGCGCUGCAUUUCCUCCCCUCCCUUUGGCUGCUCGGAAAGGAGAGAGAGAGAGAGAGGAAAAAAAAAUAUAUCCUUGGCUGGGAGAUGCAGUCUGCCGCCACCGCUGCCUCAGCCAGCAAUGCAAGAUUAGAUCUCUAAAUGCAGCAAAACACCGCCUGAAAACAGACCAACCCGCGAAGCAAGCAGAUAAUUCACAGGGCUCCGGCUAUUUUGAAGCUUCAAAUAUAUCUGACUGUCUCUUCGUUGUUCCUCAUCCCCAGCAAUUUCAUCACAAGAGAGGAGAAACAAGUAAGGAUUUCACUUUCUGAUCUGCCUAGAGACACACCUCCCCGCUCCCUCCCCCACCCGAUGUGAAGAGUAUUCCGGAGGCAAAAAGCUGGAGUGGAUUUGCAGCGCCCUAGCGGGAGCGAGGAAAACCUACGGAUUCUUUAGCUCAUUAUCAUCCUUCCCAAACGCGAUUUCCUUCUUAUCGCUUGUCUCAUCGCUCAAGUUUGAGUCGCCCGAAGUCCGGGCGGGAGAGACAAAGCUCCGGGCUCGCCCCCAGCUGCAGGGAGCCGCCGCCUUGCUCAGUGCCCCUGCAGCUCUGCUGCACCGCUGCUUCUCGCCCAGUGCGGAUGCUGUAGAUCAACAGGUUCAGGGAACUUGAGCGGAAUAAAGAGAGAUCGCCGGGUGCCGCAGCCCGGGAGCGGAAGGAAGGAAGGAUCCAUAGACUUGUGGCUUGGAUCGGGGUCGCACGCUGCGCCUGGGCCCCAAGCUGGCGCGCACCCAUCCACUCGCCCCUCCAGUCCGGCUGCUCCUGACAGCACCCCACCGGUCUGGGAUGUACCUUUCCAUCUGUUGCUGUUUCCUCCUAUGGGCCCCUGCCCUGACGCUCAAAAACCUGAACUACUCCGUGCCCGAGGAGCAAGGGGCCGGCACGGUGAUCGGCAACAUCGGCAAGGAUGCUCGACUGCAGCCGGGGCUUCCGCCCGCAGAGCGAGGCGGCGGUGGCGGGCGAAGCAAGUCGGGUAGCUACCGGGUGCUGGAGAACUCGGCGCCGCACCUGCUGGACGUGGAAGCCGACAGCGGACUCCUCUACACGAAGCAGCGCAUCGACCGCGAGUCCCUGUGCCGCCACAACGCCAAGUGCCAGCUGUCCCUCGAGGUGUUUGCCAACGACAAGGAGAUCUGCAUGAUCAAGGUAGAGAUCCAGGACAUCAACGACAAUGCUCCCUCCUUCCCGUCGGACCAGAUUGAGAUGGACAUCUCAGAGAACGCGGCCCCCGGCACCCGCUUCCCCCUCACCAGUGCGCAUGACCCCGACGCGGGCGAGAAUGGGCUCCGCACCUAUCUGCUUACGCGCGACGACCACGGCCUCUUCGCGCUGGACGUCAAGUCCCGCGGCGACGGCACCAAGUUCCCAGAGCUGGUUAUCCAGAAGGCCCUGGACCGCGAGCAGCAGAACCACCACACGCUCGUGCUGACCGCUCUGGAUGGCGGCGAGCCGCCGCGCUCGGCCACCGUGCAGAUCAACGUGAAGGUGAUUGACUCUAACGACAACAGCCCCGUCUUUGAGGCGCCGUCCUACCUGGUGGAGUUGCCCGAGAACGCCCCGCUGGGCACCGUGGUCAUUGAUCUGAAUGCCACCGACGCCGACGAGGGUCCCAACGGCGAAGUGCUCUACUCUUUCAGCAGCUAUGUGCCCGACCGCGUGCGGGAGCUCUUCUCCAUCGACCCCAAGACCGGCCUGAUCCGUGUCAAGGGCAACCUCGACUAUGAGGAGAAUGGGAUGCUGGAGAUCGACGUGCAGGCCCGAGACCUGGGUCCCAACCCCAUCCCGGCCCACUGCAAGGUCACUGUCAAGCUCAUCGACCGCAAUGACAACGCUCCGUCCAUUGGUUUUGUCUCCGUGCGCCAGGGGGCGCUGAGCGAGGCCGCUCCGCCCGGCACCGUCAUCGCUCUGGUGCGGGUCACUGACCGAGACUCGGGCAAGAACGGGCAGCUGCAGUGCAGGGUCCUGGGCGGAGGAGGGGCGGGCGGCGGCGGCGGCCUGGGCGGGCCGGGCGGUUCCGUGCCCUUCAAACUUGAGGAGAACUACGACAACUUCUACACGGUGGUGACUGACCGCCCGUUGGACCGCGAGACACAGGACGAGUACAACGUGACAAUCGUGGCACGGGACGGGGGCUCGCCUCCACUCAACUCCACCAAGUCGUUCGCCGUCAAGAUUCUGGACGAGAAUGACAACCCGCCUCGCUUCACCAAGGGGCUCUACGUGCUGCAGGUGCACGAGAACAACAUCCCAGGAGAGUACCUGGGCUCGGUGCUUGCCCAGGACCCUGACCUGGGCCAAAACGGCACAGUGUCCUACUCCAUCCUGCCCUCGCACAUCGGCGACGUGUCCAUCUACACCUAUGUGUCUGUGAACCCCACCAACGGGGCCAUCUACGCCCUGCGCUCCUUUAACUACGAGCAGACCAAGGCUUUUGAGUUCAAGGUGCUUGCUAAGGACUCCGGGGCGCCCGCGCACUUGGAGAGCAACGCCACUGUGAGGGUGACAGUGCUAGACGUGAAUGACAAUGCUCCGGUGAUCGUGCUGCCAACGUUGCAGAACGACACGGCUGAACUGCAGGUGCCGCGCAACGCCGGGCUAGGCUACCUGGUGAGCACCGUACGCGCCCUUGACAGCGACUUCGGCGAGAGCGGACGCCUCACCUACGAGAUCGUAGACGGUAACGACGACCACCUGUUUGAAAUCGAUCCAUCCAGCGGCGAGAUCCGCACGCUGCACCCUUUCUGGGAGGACGUGACGCCGGUGGUGGAGCUGGUAGUGAAGGUGACUGACCACGGCAAGCCCACUCUGUCGGCGGUGGCCAAGCUCAUCAUCCGCUCGGUGAGCGGCUCUUUGCCCGAGGGGGUUCCCCGGGUGAACGGCGAGCAGCACCACUGGGACAUGUCGCUGCCGCUCAUAGUGACUCUGAGCACUAUCUCCAUCAUCCUCCUAGCGGCCAUGAUCACUAUCGCCGUCAAGUGCAAGCGCGAGAACAAGGAGAUCCGCACUUACAACUGCCGCAUCGCAGAGUACAGCCACCCGCAGCUGGGCGGGGGCAAGGGAAAGAAAAAGAAGAUCAACAAAAAUGAUAUCAUGCUGGUACAGAGCGAGGUGGAAGAGAGGAAUGCCAUGAACGUCAUGAACGUGGUGAGCAGCCCCUCCCUGGCUACCUCCCCCAUGUACUUCGACUACCAGACCCGCCUGCCCCUCAGCUCGCCCCGGUCGGAGGUGAUGUAUCUCAAACCGUCCUCCAACAACCUGACUGUCCCUCAGGGACACGCGGGCUGCCACACCAGCUUCACCGGACAAGGGACUAAUGCGAGCGAGACCCCGGCCACUCGGAUGUCCAUAAUUCAGACAGACAAUUUUCCCGCAGAGCCCAAUUACAUGGGCAGCAGGCAGCAGUUUGUUCAAAGUAGCUCCACGUUUAAGGACCCAGAAAGAGCCAGCCUGAGAGACAGUGGGCACGGGGACAGUGAUCAGGCUGACAGUGACCAAGACACUAACAAAGGCUCCUGCUGUGACAUGUCUGUUAGGGAGGCACUCAAGAUGAAAACUACUUCAACUAAAAGCCAACCACUUGAACAAGGUAUAACAUACAUGAAGUAUGAACUGUUCGGCAUGAAAGGAAUUCUCUUGAGGAAGGAAAAGUCUAUAGAACCAGAAGAGUGUGUUAAUUGCACAGAUGAAUGCCGAGUGCUUGGUCAUUCUGACAGGUGUUGGAUGCCACAGUUCCCUGCAACCAAUCAGGCUGAAAACGCAGAUUACCGCACAAAUCUCUUUGUACCCACAGUUGAAGCUAAUGUUGAGACUGAGACUUACGAAACUGUGAAUCCCACUGGGAAAAAGACUUUUUGUACAUUUGGAAAAGACAAGCGAGAGCACACGAUUCUCAUUGCCAAUGUGAAACCUUAUUUAAAAGCCAAACGUGCCCUGAGCCCUCUCCUCCAAGAGGUCCCCUCAGCAUCAAGCAGCCCAACCAAGGCAUGCAUCGAGCCUUGCACCUCAACGAAAGGCUCCCUGGAUGGUUGCGAAGCAAAGCCAGGGGCUCUGGCCGAGGCGAGCAGCCAGUACUUGCCCACUGACAGUCAGUAUCUGUCCCCCAGCAAGCAACCGAGAGACCCUCCCUUCCUGGCUUCUGAGCAGAUGGCAAGGGUCUUCGCCGAUGUGCAUUCGAGAGCCAGCCGGGAUUCCAGAGAGAUGGGCGCUGUCCUGGAGCAGCUUGACCACUCUAACAGAGAUCUGGCCAGAGAGCCGGUGGAUGCAGAGGAAGUCGUGAGAGAAAUCGACAAGCUUCUGCAGGACUGCCGGGGAAAUGACCCUGUGGCUGUGAGAAAGUGAAAAAAAAAAAAAAAAAAGCAUUGGCAUUUUCUUGUCUCUUCUGUUGAUUUAAAAAUGACCCCUCCUGGUGAAAACCCCAUUUUACAGGGAUAAAGAAAGACCGAUGCUGCUUUAAGGCUUUUAGUGAACAUCUGAAGUGCCCACAAGUAUGUUCUUUUCACUGCUGUUUCUUUUUCAGAAAUAACAAUGGCUUUGUUUUGACCAAACUUGUAUUAGGACAGAAUUAACGAUGUUCAAAGAGGAAGAAAAACAGAGAAGAAAAAAGAGAGAAGAAAAAGGAGGAUGAGGAGGCAAGUUACCUUGUGACUAUCUGUUAGGAAGGUAUGCAGUGUGAGAAUGGAAGCUUUUUCUCAUUGCUCUAAGACUGUCCUCCGUGAUUUAUUCUGACGUAACUGUUUACCUAUAAACCCCAUACAAAGCAGGGUCAUAAUUUGUGAUCUGUGGUAGAAUUUCUAGCAGUCACCACAGGCUUCUACUGAAAGUCCUGAAACGACCUUGCAGUAGUCCAAGCUACACCAAACAUUAACACAUAUUUGUGGUAAACAUUUCUGUAUAAAGUUACCUGCCACGCAUAGAAACACAGAAAACAUUCCAUAACAUUAGUCAAAAAAAAUUAAAAACUGAGUCAUUUGUAAAACACCUCAUAUCGUAUAAAAGUUCAAUGUAAAAAGGUAUAGUCCAUUUUGUCCUGCACACACGUAGACUAAUUCACUUCAUGAAAGGAGAAGAAAAUUUAAAGGUUUAAAAUGCCUCUUUAGCAUUUUAGUGUCCAACAAAUGUAUAAAUAAUGAUGGAUAUGUUUUAAAUUUGACCUAGAAAUGUUCUGAAAAAUAGUUACCAUUGAGUAAUGAUAUUCAGAGACAAUUAACAUGAAUGAUAUGUUUUAUUCAUUUGUGGACACUAAAAUAGCUCAGGAACGCGAAAACGUCUUAGACAUACACAAAUCACACGACCAUUUAAAUGUGCAAAUGUAAGAAGAUUCAAUGUGUUUACAUCAAAUGACAUAUUUUUAUUGAUUUAUUGCAGAUUCAGUGCAUAUGAGCCAAAUUGUUGAGUGUAUAAGAGCUAUAUUGUGUAUUUUAUUAAAUUAAUAUAUAGUUGUGUUGCAAAAAUAUUUGGGCUUAUAUUGUAAAUGGCAAGUGUUGCCUUGGUAGCUGUCGAACUCUAUGAGUUUUGUUUUUUCCUGCUUCCAUUUCCCCAUGGAGUGUUGGAAGCAGUGCCUCAGAGCAAAGUCUCUUGUUUAAUGUAGAGUCUACCAAGUACUACAGUACAUAAUCUGUUCAAAAUGUGUUUGAGUGAGCUGAUGGAGCUAACUGAAAGGUCAAAAAAUACAUCUGUCAGUCAUGGUUAUGUACAAGUCCUUCAUGGAAGCUUUUAUUAAAGUCAUGCUAAAUUACAAGAAUUACAUUUGUACCAAUACCUGAAACUUCUUCAUGUUUUUUCAAUAGCAUACAGCUGCUGCCUAUGUAGAUAUCAUAUUGUUGAUUGGUUCUCAAAAGUAUCUUAAGUGGUUCAAGAUGUGUGUCCCCAUUAUAUUUCAAAACCAUGCAAAAUGCUUUAAUGCAUGUGUGGUACCACCACUGGUUACUUUGUGUAGUGUUUUACAAGAGGUCUGGGUCUUAACAAAAAGUUUGCCUUUUUUUCCGCGCUCUUCUGCCUCUUUUUAUUGGUGUCCCUUGAGAACAAUACACCAUCUAUUCCUUCAUUUUCUUGCACCUUUCCUUGUGACAUUUAGCGUGUUUCAAACUUACUUCCAUAUGAGGCUAGGAAACCUCAAAUUUCAGGAAUUGGGAAAAAUAAAAUUAGCACUUGCUGAAGUAGCAGUAGAUGGGAAAAUGCCUUGAUUGACAUUUUCCUUCAGCGUUUAAAAAUUUUUGCAUUUUACAGCUUCAUGACAAACAGUUUCCAGCCCAUACCUUAGAAAAUGUGGUGCUGAGUUAAAUAAAGGUUGUUUGUGCACGGGAGCAGAAAAAUGCAUUAUUUGCAAACUGGUGGAGAAUUCUGUGCCUUCUUUCCUGGCCACCAAGCCAGUGUAGAAACAACAUAAAUGUCAUAAAAUCCUUAUAUUAAAAAUAAAAACAAAAGCAAAAACAAACACUGAAGUGAAUUCAGCUUUGUAAUUUUAAACCUCGAAAAAUCCAACUGAACAUAUUUCCAUCAAAUACUGUCAAGAUUUUAGACUGUACCUCGUUUGCAAAACUGCUUUGAAAGGGAAGAAUGGACAACUCCCAUCAGCCUUAUUCUCUUGAGAACUGUAUUUGGUUCCCAGUAACAGCCUUUCCAAAGCUCUACUCUUGGUUUUUAUUAUUUGUAAAUGUUUAAGUCAGAAAAGAAGGGAUCUUGUACAUGUGAAACCUAAUUGACUCUCUAUAUUUUGGACAAUUUAUGUAUAUGAAAUGUGUUGUCUCUAUUAUAUGAUGUUAUUUUUUGCCAGGAGACUACAGGUUGAUUUAGCUUGAUAGCUGAAAUUUGAUGGAAAACUGAUUUCCAUUUAGUCUUACCAAGUGUUGCCUCUCUCUUACUAGACAGAUAGCCAAGUAGUAAAAUCUAAGGCAGUAUAUAAAUGAAAUCAACAAAGAGAGUAGGAUUUAUUUUUAAAAUGUUCUUAAUGCUGAGUAACCAGUUGUUCAAUUUAUUAUAUGUGUCUGAAGACAUUAAAACACUAUCAGAUUUUAAGAAUUGGUUGUGCCAAUGUGUGAGGGAUUACCUUUAGGCUCUCUGUCACCAGUGAUUUACUAGUGUUAGCUGUUUAACACAUUAUAUGUAUUUAGUAGUGAUUAUUUAUUUACAAGUUGGUGGUAAUUCAGCAGUCAGGACGCUAAGCUUUUAUAGUUGAGUUGAGGGAAUCUUGCUUUUAUUCAUUUGGCUGGCAACUGCCUUUACCACAGACCUCUGGUGCUCAGCUUCCUUGGAAGUCUACGAUACCAAAAUUACCCCUUUGGGGAGCAACUUGCUCUAAGGGGUGAUGCAUGAUCAAACAGUGAUAUUUCAAGGUGUUUUUAUCACAAUUCAGAAUGUGAAAAAAUUAUCUUAAUUCACAUCUUCCAAUUACUAACCCCUCAUAAAAAUCCCACACAUUCAAAAGGAAUAAUAAUAUUGAAUACUUUGUCUUUUAGGUCCUUAAAUAACUGAAGUUAAGCACAGAAAAAGGAUUUAUAGAAAUUUUCAUAAGAAAGUUAAAGUUCUAAAAACUGUUUACUGAUGAACUAAAAACACAAUAUCAGUAACAAAACAAUUUUUUCAUUAAAUGUUGAUGAAAAAUAUUUUCAUCAAAAUUAAAAGUAGUGAGAAUCAGUUAGUUAUACCUAUACCAAAGUGAACAUUAAAGAGACAUAUCAUGCAAUUUCAAAGAAUGCUUUCACAUUAUUUCUUAACCUGACAUACUUAUCCUUACUGCAGGCAAUAUGCAAAUAUUGGCUCACUACUCCAUAAAUUAAUUGAAUUCUGGUUUGGAAAAUUGACUUGUUUUGUUUUUCAAAAUUAGCUGAGAUCUUGUAAAACAUGACUUCCUUUUAAAGGAUCUAGGUACUGCUCAAUUUAAAAUAUGACACCAUAAAAAAAGUCAUGUAGUAAUAGAGCAGUAUGCUUUAUUACCACCAGGUUAAAAGCUGUUUGUUGCCUAAUGGACUAGAAGUUGCUGAGGUCAACAAGUAGACUGAGGUUUGGCAUAAUAUAUGCCCACUCAUUACUGCCUAAUUAUACUCUUUUGACAACACAGAGCAUUUAUCGGAGCACUAAUUCAAAUGAGAGUUUUGGCUAUCAAGAUGUGUUGAUUCGAAACAUAAUUGAAUGAGACCUGAAUAAAGUCUGACUUUCCUGGCCCCAGUGUUUUGCAGGUUGGCUAUUCCCAUUUAUCAGCCCCAUCACUCCAUAAGGUUCUUAGCUGCACCAAGUGAUUGGUGAACAAGAAUAACAACAACAAAGCAGCAUACAUUGUAUGGAUUUAUCUCAACGCUAUUGUUUAAGGGCUGUGUUUAAUGUGACCUAUCUGGAAAAUGAGGACUCCGAAUAAAAAGCUAUUACUAAUAGUGGUGUUGCCUUCCCUUGAAUUCAUUAAUACACUGCGUACUUCAGGGACCCUGAUCAUAAUUAUUUUGGAAAGCAACUGUGGCAUCACAACUGUUUGUGCUCUAGUUCUUUAUUUGCCAGUAAAAUAAACUUUUGGAAAAAUUUAUUUAACAAUAUUGUCACUAGGUCCUCAGUGGGAAUGGGUUACCUGGCUUUCAGAUAGCUUAGAUAAGUUGGUUAGUCAGAUAAUUACCAUGGAGUCAUAGCCUAAUGAUACUAGUGGCUUUUCAUAUUUAUGAUUAGUUUGAAGAUAAUUUGGUUCAAGACCCUAAAGGACUUCAGAAAAAUAAUUUUUAUAAGACCUCUCAUAAGCUUACAUGACUAAUGAAACCACAUAUUUAUAAAUGGCAUUUUAAAGUAAGUACAUGUUUAUUGUGGCAUCUUAAAAUAAUAAGCCUCUCUUUCUACCCAUUCAACAAAUGUUUAUUGAAUUCCUACUGUGUAUUUUCCCUGGGCUAUUAUGCCCAGGAGUAAACAGUAAACAAGGAAUGGUGCCUGGGUCACAGUCUGGAGGGAGAAACAAAGAGGUAAGUUCUAAUACACAUUACUCUUGCUUGUUUGCAUUUUCCUUCAGCUACUCCACACAUCCCAUAUCUCUGCCAUAUCACACUCAGUGAGCGGCAUCUCCUAAAUUACAAACCAACAUAAUAUUCUGUCCCUGUCGAUCUGACCUUUUUUCUUUUAAUUUUACUUUUCUUCUGAUAAUAUAAAUUAAAUCAAGAAGAGUGCAUUGCUUUUCCAUAUUUAAGAAGAUCUUUAUGGUCUAGACUUAUUGGGGUAUACUAAAUGGCUUAUCUAUUCUUUAUUUUGCUCAUUUAUUUGUUAACAUGUCUUUCUUUUUCAUUGAGCACCACUGAGGUGUCAGGUGGCGUUCAAGGAUCUCAAGGGAAAAAGAACUAAGCCAAUUACAUUUUAUCCUCAGAGAAUUUAUAGGUUGUGCUUAGGUGAUAUAUGCUAACAUAGAAAUUGACCUUAUAUUGUCUGGAUACUGUUACCUUUUUAUAACAAAAAUAAUUUAACUUUUAAGAAGAGAAAAACCAUAUGCCUACCAUGACAUUCAUUGCUUUCAAGUGUGAGAGUCAAACAAGCUGUUAAUUGACUCACCUGAACCAUCUGACCAGGGCUGAGAGAUUAGGGAGUCAUGCAAAUGAACAACCCUACCUGGCCAGGCUGCAAUAAGGACGAAGUCAUGAGUGGAACAUGUAUCACAGGCUUACUCCAUGUCAGUGAGCUAUUAAAUCCCCUCAAAUUAUGGUAUUUUUUAAAAUAGAUAUGCUCAAAAAUACAAUUAUUUGACAAUCACAGAGAACAACCAUUUGUAGGAUAUGAAGAGAACAAAUUCUUAAACAUCACUAUAGAGAAAUAGAUAUAGAAAUAGAAAUAGAUCAUUAAGUUGAUGGACCAUCUUCAAACUCUUCAUUAGAUCCUUUUGGAGAUGGUUGCACAUGGUUCACCAAGGAAAUAUAUCAUUUUCUGUUCAUGUUAGACAUUAAUAAUGCUGGAUAAUCCACUAUACACUAGAGAUUAAAUUCUCAAUAUUUAUAAAAGAGGGUGCAACUUCUUUCAUUAUUCCCCCUUUUUAAUAUUUCAGAAAGUUAUCAAAAAGUAACUUAGUUUUUUCAAACUAUUUUAGAUGUUAAUGAGUAUCUUAUGUACAAAGUUUGAUUAAAGGAGGGAAAAUUUUAGUGAGAUUUUACAAAUUUUGUAUCACACAGGCUGACCUCCCCCAUUAGACAGAAUAAGUGUUCUAUUUUUGGUCUUACAAAUGAAACAUUUCACUUUGAGAUGAACAACUUAUAAGUGAUCUAUAGCAUUCUAAUGAACUAUAUUUUGAUUGUGAUAUAUAUUUCAAAAUCUAGUUUCCUGAAGUUACAAUACUCAGUCAAAUUACUUCAUAAUACUUUUCAAAGAUUGUCAAAAAACAAACAACCAAGUUUGGAACCCUCUUUUUGUUCAACUUACACAGAUUAUCAUAUUUUGUAUAAAAUAUUGGUGUUCAACACUGCUUAUAUAAAAAUUGUUCUUAUUUCCCUAAGGGUUUAUAGCAUCAGGCAGGCCAAAUAAAAGAAUAAUUACACAAGCCUAAAUUAAUACUGCUAAAUUCUGUUUAUAGAGAAUUUUCCAAUUCCCAGAGAACUUUCACAAAUUUACAAGGCAUUACAGAAUUAAGGAUUCUGAAGCUCAAAGAGGUCAAUGGACUUUUAUCCAAGGGCAAUGAGCUUGGAAGCCUUAAGCCCACACUUGAACUUAAUGACCAGUUCUUCUAUUUGUUCCAGAUUUUGUAAAUUCUGCAAUCUUGCCCUAUCUAAUAUUUUGCCUCUCUAAUAUCUUAAAUUUAUCAUUCCUAAAACAUUAAAUUAUGCCAGUAAUGUGCCUUCCCCUUUAAAUUGACUGCCACAUCAUAUAAUUUAGAUCCCCUCUAUGUUAAUAGUUCAUAACAACAUUGAAUAAUUUGAAAAUAGAGAAUAGGGAUUGUAGUCUCCAAGUAAAGAAAAAUACAUCACAAGAAUUGAGCCUCUCUUAAGAUUGUCCUCAAUUUUUUACUGUCAUUUAUAAAAAUGUUUCACAGCAUUGAUGGUAUGAUCUCCAAAAUAUUCUGAAACAAUAUUAUGGAAGAUUUGUUUUUCCAUUAACUUGGUAUAUUCUCACCUAGAAGAAAUCCAUAGACUUUAUUUAAUUCCUUUAUAUUAUGAAAUUUUGCAUAUAUUAAAUCAAUAAGAUUAUUAAUUGGCUUCUUAGAAAUAAUUACAUAAACUCUAAUAAUAUUGAAAGGACAUUUAAAUAUUACAUUCAUAUAUAUAUGGAUUCAUAUGCAUACAUAGAGGCAUGAGAGUCAAAUCAUUUCAAAAGCCAGUAUCACAAAAUAAAAGAAUUUGAGUAGUAACAAUGUGGCUAAGGGAUGAAAAACAUGUUGUUUUAUUUAUGACUUACCUCAUCCUCAUUUGAUACCACUGUCAUCUUCAAUGAUCUGAUGAAAAAGAGAGAUAGCAAUUGCUAUCAUUUUCAGGCUGGUUAAUCAAAAAUGAAGUGUUCUGGGGCUUCCCUGGUGGCGCAGUAGUUGGGAGUCCACCUGCCGAUGCAGGGGACACGGGUUCGUGCCCCGGUCUGGGAGGAUCCCACGUGCCGUGGAGCGGCUGGGCCUGUGAGCCAUGGCCGCUGGGCCUGCGCGUCCGGAGCCUGUGCUCCACAGCGGGAGAGACCAUAGCAGUGAGAGGUCCGCGAAACCCCCUCCAAAAAAAGUGAAGUGUUCUGCUUCUUCCUGAAUUUUGCUUACUCAUACAUUUUUAAAUAUCUUUAUUUUCAAUAUACAGAAAACCGACUUGACUUUCAAGAGGUCCAGAAAUAAAUUUUAAUGUACCUUUAGCACUAUUUUAUGUUUUGAAAAUUUAAAUUCAAAUAGAUGAUAUGAGAUAUUCAUUCAUUCAUUUUAUUGAUCAGCUGAAUAUCUCAACACUAUCUCUUUAGCAAUAUUAAAUCAUAUUUUGAUAUUAUUCCUCCUUACUUUUGCAGUUGGAAGACAAUGUCUUCAAUAUAAUAAUUUGCUUUGACGGAAGAUUUUUGAAUUUUUAUUUUAUUCUUUCCAUUAUAAAUCAGAUAUAUAUAUAUCUUUAUAGCAUUAAUUUUUAUAAUAUUAUCUACUGACUUGCACGUGACUAGUCUCUUUAUUCUAAUCUUAAUUUCAUAAUUUUAUCUCAACGUCAACUAUUAUAUAGUCUUUCUCAUCUAUUUGUUUUUCCAUUAGAUAUGUUCAUAUAGAUAUAAGUAUUUUCCAUAUGUCUUCAUAUUUAUGGAUCAAUUAUGGAGGUAGUGAUGUUUCACCCAAUAGUCUCAUCAAAAUGUUCAAACUGCUUUUAUUAACCUAUAGGAAAAUUAGCUAUUUUUUAGGUGUAACCUACAUGGAGUGUUAAAAUUGACAAAAUGCAUAAUAGAAUAUAACAGUAUAAACAGUGGUAAAUAAGUUAGGAUGCAGGGUCUUAGUUAAAAUCUUUAUGCAAGAGUGCCUAGCUACUUCAUUGAAAGGUUGAAAAAGUGAAAGUGAAUUAUCUUACUCUAUUAUUAGUAAUUCCUAUGUGUUAAAAAAUUCUCAUUUUAAAAUCUCAUCCUGUGAAAUGUUUGGCUUUGACUGAAGAUAAGAAAAGACCCUUACUUCUGAGAUGUGCUUAUGAUUUCUCAAUCUGCCUUUUUUCCCCAAACACCUUGAAAAUUCAACUAUUGUACGUAUUUUAUCAUUUCUUUCAUUUUGGAUAACUACUAAAAUUUAA